AUGAGGAAUUUGGAUGACUUAAUUUUGUUCCUUGAAAAGUUGAUUUAGUUUGAAUCAACGUCAAAAUAAUUAUUUAAAUAUUUUUUAUCCAAAAGUCUCGUUUUAGAAAAGAGUCCUGGGUAAUCUAAUUUUAAUUUGAAUUAAGAUCAAAUGCAUCAAAAUACAUGAAUUGUUUGUUCAAUUUAAAAUUAGAAAUCUUAAGUUAUUUACAAGAAUAGAUGGUAAUGGAAAAAUUUAGAUUUAUAGUGAAAAUCAAAUAGAAAGAAGACAUUUAUAAGUCUUAGAUGAAGGCAGUGAUUAUUUUAGAAGAGAAGGGUAAUAUAAUUUAAAUUAAUUUUUAAAAUAAAAUAAGAUAAAAUAAAAAGAUUAGCAAGAAUGAACAUUAGAAAUAUACAUCUUUCAACAGAAAAAUUGAAAAGAAGCAAAACUUUAAAGUUUCUAAGCUUAGUCAUUAUGCCGCUUCAAUUUUGAAAUAGUUUUGGAGAGUAUAGUAUAUUUCAAGUAAAAAAUACACAUUGAUUCUGAAUGCUCUGUUUGGAGAUGAUGCCAAAUCGCUAUUGUUGCUUUUUAUUUGA